AUGGACGACGAGCGGCAGCGGCAGCGGCGGCACUCGUCGCGGGCGGCACUCUGCGAGAGCGACGAGGUCGAGAACUCGGACGAGAGCAGCGAGAGCAGGCCGUCCGGGGAGCGGUGGGCCCCGGUCGGCGCCAACGACGACGGCGACAACGAGUUCGCGGACGAGUACAAAUACGUCAACGCCAACGUGGACAACCUCGCGUACGACAUGGAGAGGGUGAAGAUGCUGGAGGAAGAGCAGGAGAUGCUGAACUCGUCUCUGAUAGCGUUAACUACCCACUUUGCUCAGGUCCAGUUUCGUCUACGGCAGAUCGUGGACGCGCCGGCCAGCGAGAAGGAGACGCUGCUCAAGGAGCUGGAGGAGUUCGCGUUUAGGGGAAUACCGGACGUGCCGAAUAGCUUGCUGCUGGAGAGCAGAUCCAUCACGCCCGUCUCCCCCAUGUCCUCCUGCGAGCGAAGCGUGAUCACCGACGCGGAGGUCGAGUCGAAAAUGGCAUUGCAGCGAACGAAACAGAGAGAGCUGAUAAGCCAGCUGAAGUCGCAGCUGGAGGAUCUGGAGAAGUACGCGUACGAGACGGGCGACGCCGAUCUACCGCAGAGCGUCAUUCUGGAGAGGCAAAAUAUCAUAAUUAGUCACCUGAAGGAAAAGUUGAACUUCAACGUCGACGAUCUGUGCAAACUGCCGGCGGACGAUCUCAGGUGGCAAGUCGACUAUGCCAUAAGUCAAAUCGUCAGCCCGUUGAAGAUGAAGGAGCAGCUGGUCUUCCAACUGAAGACGCAGAUCGCCGACCUGGAGCGUUUCAUCAACUACCUUCAGGGCGAAGUUAGCACGGAGACUCUGGCGUGCACGUGCGCGUGUCCGGUGCACGCGGGCGGCUCCGGCGCCUCGUCGGCUUCGUACGGUUCCAAGCGACGCUUCGAACGUGGACGACCCGUCGAGGAGGAGGCGGCGGGUGCCGCUAAUCGGACCAGGACUCUGAACACGGUGCGCAAGGUGGUCGCGCUUCUGCACAUGUUCCUGAUGUCGCAGCUGGGCUGCGGCAGCGAGCGGGUGCGCCGGAACUUCGGCGGCAGCAGCAAGAACCCGGUGCACAAUUGGCGCGAUCUGCGCACCAGGCUGGACAUCGCCGUGGAGCACGUGCUGGACACGAUCGCGGAGACGUCGCAGCAGCAGCAGCAGCAGCUGCAGUUGCAGCUGCAGCAGCAACAGCAGCUGCAGCGUCACGCCGACGACGACGAGGAGGAGGACGUCGACGACGUCGACGACAACGAGAACGACUACACGUCCGACUCGGACUCGCCGUCGCACGCGAACGCGCGGCUCACGUCCGCCGUGAGGAAGCACCUCGCCACCUCGGUCAGGGAUCUCAUGCAGCACGGCCUGACCGCGGACGUGCUGCGCUCCGGGUCCAGCGUGGUGCCGUUCGUCGGCUGCUUCCCGCAACGCGGCAGCGUCACGCAGGCGAACCUCAUGCACGCCUGGGAGCUGAUACUCAAGUACUACGAGAUCAAGAACGGGCGCCGUUACAAUUCCAGUCCCGCGCAGAAGCUGUCGCAGAGUUUCAAUCUGGACCUCGCGGCCGGGAGGAUAGCCUCCUCGAAACAGAGCUUACUGACGACUAUAGGUAACAUCAUCGCUUCUCACAGUCCGUACAAGCGAAGCUACGACUCGCAUUUCAAGGCAUUCGUAUGCGCGGCUCUGAACGCGAAUAAACUCGUGAUAUGGCUGAAGUUGAUCCUGCAAUGCCAGUACCUUCUAGAAAAUUAUUACCUCUCGUGGAGCUACGUUGUAAAGACAGGUUUCCAGGAUGCGUUUCACACCUUGGAUCGCCUUACCAGUUACAAGUUCGAUCUGCCGGUGGACUUGGCCGUGCGACAGUUUCAGAAUAUAAAGGACGCGUUUUGAUUGUGCAAUCUUAUCGUUAUCGUUUCGUGGAAAUGACAGAUGUAGGACGUAGAACGUACACGUACUUUCAGUACUUUCUGUAACGCAAUGCCGUAAUGCUGUACAAGUGGGCGAUAACGAUAUGCAAACCGAGUCGCUGGAAAUAGGACACUUGAUUAGCUCUCUUGAGUUUACGAUAAAAAAAAAAAGGUAAAGAGACGUAUGUAGAACGCAAUUAUUACCAAAGGACAGACACUUGAAUUAAAAUUUUUUAUUACUAUUUUUUAGAAUUGUCGAGAUUAAUAUUUACUUUAAUGGAAUGACGCAUGAAAAAAAAUUUAAAUUAAAUUUUUAUUAAUAUAAUAUUAAACUUCUAAAGUGUUUCAAACUCUCCGAAUCAUAUCUUGCACAUUUUCUUCGCUCUUUCAAUCCAAGAGAGAUAUCCAAGUGUUUCGUUUUUUUUUUAUUUUUUAGAAACGCUCACGCUGUACACGGACGCGUAAGAAAUCGUUUAAAGUAUUAAUAUAUCACAAAAGCAUUUCUUUGCUUAGAAGUCCCUAAGUGUUCGCUAUAUCAAAUGGCAUAUAGACAGUUGCAUUGCAAUAACUAAUAGGUGUAAUUAUUUACUUUCUAAGAUAUCAGUAUUUGUAUAGAUCAGUUGUUAAUGUACAAAUUAACCUUUGUUUUUGCUUGUUGGAACGAGAAAGUAACGUACAUGAUACAAGAUUUGCAAACUAUGUACAAUAUACGUACGUACGUAGUUUGGAAAUCUUAUAAAAGAGCUUAAUCGGAAUCAACAAUGUAAUAUCUAUCGGGAUAUUUUCCAUCUGCGAUACAGGCGUCAAUCCAACGUGUUAAAGGUGCAAGAACUGAAUCGAGCGAGGCUAGUCACUUCGUAAAAGAGCCAUUCCAUAUUUUGCACACUUACGCCAAGUUAUAUUUACGACGCAUUUACGAGAGCAGGAGGAGAAGGAGGAGGCGUAUCAAAGAGAUCAAGUAAUAUCAUAAUAUCGCGACUAGAGACUUGCACUGAGCACACUACUUGUAUCGUAAGACGUUUUAUGUAUAUGUACACACACACAUACACGUAAAUUAGCGUAAGGAAUAACAUAUAAUAUGUAUAUACGAGAUGUGCAAACCAAAUCUGCUUUUUAUAAAAAAAAAAGUAAUGAAUUAUUUUAGAUUAGUCCCGUAGAUAGACAGAAAGGUAAAUAGAGGAAAGCACUGUGGUUGCAGAAAAUAUACUUAUGGUGCAAGUAA